GGCUUCGCGCGUCUAGACGGAAACAAUGCAUCCGAAUGUGCGUAGGCGUCAUGGAAUUCCCAAGGUCAAGGAUGAAUCACGGGCACGAGAGGCGCUCGAAUACCUCGUCGUCUGCAGGAGUCUGCGAAAUGAUGGUGCAGAUACGCGGUGGCAAACCCUUCUUCGUUGAACAAUUUCAGAAACAGCCCCGUACUGUGACAAACUAACAUUUACAUCGUCGAAACGAUUUUUUGGGUGACUUGAAAGAGAAAAAAAAAAAAAUCUGUAAUUACUCAACUGCAAUAACGUUUGGUGCCUAAUGUAUCCAAAUUUUAUACGAUUCAGUUGAGACAUACGUACAUAAGUCGUUCUAACUUGAUGAAAAAUCACUUUCGAGCGAUCGAUAUUUGUCUAUGCGAGCAAAGUUCUCGUUGCCUAGAUAAGAAUAGCAUUCAUCGUCCAUUUGAAAACACUUCAGUCGCUCGACCGCUUGCCCAGGCUAUGUUUGGUGGGAAAACGUAUCUUCGAAAAAACCGCCGACUAUACGAAUCAAUAGAAUUUCAUUUGUUGGAAGAUCCGUAUCAAGUCAAGGAUGACUACUUGGCUGCUCUAUUUUUUGGCCAUCAUUUUCCUGCUGGUAGCUUUAAUUCUGACAUCGGACAGCCAUGACGUGGUUCGUUUUCACGCCAGGUUCCUUUUGUACUACAUAGUCUCCUCUACCAUCGCCGUGAUGGGCAUACCUUACAUCAUGCUCAGACCUAAAGAUGUCAGGAAUUGCCGGGAUCUGUCAGCACUGCUCAAGCAAGUUACCAAAAUCUUGGGUAUUCAGUGGGAACUUCGUGGUGCGGCUGAAUUGAGUGUAGAGCGGGGAUGCGUCGUAGUCGCCAAUCAUCAAAGCACACUCGACAUUCUUGGAAUGUUCAACAUCUGGCAAGUAAUGGGAAAAUGUGCACCUGUGGCAAAGCAAGCGAUUUUUUAUGCCUGGCCCUUCGGCUUGGCGGCUUGGCUGGCCGGGGUCGUUUUCAUUGAUAAGCGAACGCCGGGGAAAGCUGUGGCGACUCUCAAUGAAACGAGUAAACUUGUCAACACUCGCAAGGUCAAGAUGUGGAUAUUUCCUGAGGGUACGCGAAAUAACAACAUUAUUGCGAAGGGUAUGCUGCCCUUUAAGAAGGGCGCCUUUAGAAUUGCAAUCGAGAAUCAAGUUCCGCUUCUUCCAAUAGUCUACUCGCCGUACUACUUCAUUAAUCAUAGAAAUCACUACUUCGGCAGAGGUAAAGUGAUUGUUCAAACUUUAAAGCCUGUACCUACAGAAGGUCUGGGAUUGAAAGACGUCGAUGAUCUGAUGGAAAGGACGCAAAAAAUGAUGCGAGAAGCUCUGAAGGAGUUGACGAAAGAAGUCCUUGCACCAUUGCCACCAGAUUAUCCUGGACUCCAAGGGAUAGAAAUCCCUAAGACUGAAAUGAGUUGAUGAGUAAAUCGUUGCCUUCAUGUUAAUCAUGUAAUCAUUCGAAGAUGAUUAAUUACUGGUAAUCAUAUAUUGUUGCGAUCCAAUAUCAGCGUAGUAUAUGCUGUUCGUUACUUUACAGAAAUCUAUCAGGAUACCGAAGACUGAUCAAUUUUUAGUGAAUUAGUAGGCCAAUUAGCUGCGAUGUGAAGCUAUAAUUAUUCUACCAAAAUAUCAAUUGUGAAAGGAGAAUCACAGUCGAUUCGACAAAGUAAACAAUUCGUUAAUAUCAUCGAUAUCUUAUUUGUAUUUUACGUAUAAUGUGCCAGCAAUUUUCAUUAUAUUUGUAACAAGUAACAUAUUUUAUGCACAUGUAGUGGAUGCGACAUUUGUCAUUUAAUGAUACAUAAGUAAUAAACAUUAGAAAUUUACAAAUGAUUAUUUAAACUAAUAAUUUUUCGCAACCCAACUGCAAAUCUUAGGUGUGUACAAAGAAUGUGAACGAUAUGCUGCCUUGUGAAUAUCUACGGCAGGCAUUUUCUGUACCAACAGUAUACGUGCAUUUGAAGUUCGGUUUACAUAUAUUACCUGAAAUAUUGUAAAUUAAAGUGUUAAAAAGUAAAGUGAUAAAUAUAGAGUU